ACAAUUCUAGUGGAUGGAGGUUUCCAUGUCCAUAAAAGAAAUCUUGCCCUGCAAUGUUUUCCUUUUGUAUAACGCCAAAAAUGCACCAUUCACAACUAAAUGGGUGAUCUUGCCUGCUAGGGUUAAGGCUACAAGAACUGAUUUCACUUAUUUAAACCCUGUGUUUGUGUAAUCCCUGCUCCUGAGGAAUUUCAUAUCUUGGAUAUUUUGUCAUUUUCCCUAUAAUUUUUCCACCAAUCUUCCUUUGCGCUCCCUCCCCUCUCUCCUUCUGCAUGUUUGUGCAGAGAUACCCAUUCUUUUGCAAAGCUCCAUCUUCCAAUCAUUCAUCCAUGUACAAAAGACAAGAUUCCUUUACACUUCUACGUUUUACCAUCUCAGCACAUUAGCAAUCUUCCAUACUGAGUAUUUCACAAAAAUGUUGAAUAGAGAAAGAAUAAUGAGGACAAUCCCCCCCCCAACAUAAAAACAACCAUCACUAGAGACUUUUGAUUGACAAAUAAAUUGAACUCAAUAGAGGCCAAAGGGGACAUUAGACUCCUAUAGGAAUAUUUCCCUUUAAGGACUCACAUAAAGCAUAGGGUUUUAAACGGACUGAGAAAAGGUUCUGGGAGUGGGCGAGAGGAUGCCUUCAGAUUCAUAGACCCUGUCCGAAUUGGGAUUUUCAUGCACACACAGAGAAAUCCAUUUCUACUUACAGUGGCCCCUUCUUAGAAUUAAAUACAUUUCUAGCACACAUUAGGCAGGCUUGCAUAUAUUUAUUGAUACCUUUGGAAGGAAGGUGCAGUUUGAAUCUUCGCUCAGCUGAAACAUGGGCUGUAACUUUCUAGGGGCUGGGGGCUUUUUAUUUUUUUUAAAAAAAGCAACGUCGUAUAUUAAUCCACAUGUGUCUGCUUCUUCUUCAUGUUCGAAUGUCCUAUGUAACAUGCUGGGGAGAGGGAAAGCUUUCAUGUCAAGUGUGUUCAUGAGCCAUGCAGACACUGUCCAUAGGGUAAGUCACUGGUGCAGCCUUCAUCAUCCACCGGGAUAUACCCUUCUCUUUCUCUAGCUCCUUGUCUGUCUGUCUCGCUCUGCGAGGAACCACAUAAGCUUCCGACCCUUCACUUUUCUUGUUCUUGCAAAAAUGUUGAGCCUUCACCUUCAUCUCACUCUAGUGACUAUGAAAUUCGAAGGGAUCAAUAGCUCAGCCCAACACUAGUUAAUCCACAUUUUUUUAACUAAGUGGUUAUUCUGUGUGAGAUUCUCCUUCUCCUCCCCUUCCAGCGAAAUCCUCUAACUCCAUGCUUCCAGAAUCCACUGGGCGUGAUCUGUUUACCUACCUGCCUUUCUCUACAAAAGGAAGGUUAUUUUCUUUCAAAAUGCAGCCCGAAUGUUAAGAAUUAAAAAAGGGGGAAAUCCAGCCAGACCCCGCACUAUUUCAAUCAAUAUGGCCAAAAAAAAGUUUCCAUAGAUUAAAAGAAUACUAAGUGUCAAGUGUGCAUUGUUGCUUGCUGUAAAUAACCAGGUUUCUUCAUUCUCAGCUACUCCUGAUAGUUGAAACACACUCGUACAGUUUUAUUUAAUGAAAGACACAUUUAUGAACAAUCAAAUGAUCCUCGUAAAAAUUUUAUUGAAGGACAUAAAAACAUCCACGGUUACUAGCCGAAUAAUUCAGAGAGAGUCUGCAAAGGCUAUCUUUUUUUUUUGUUUGGGGUGGGAGGAGUGUUAUUUUCCACUCAUGUUUUUAUAAGGUGACCUUUUUCUCUCCAGAAGAUAGUUAUUAAAAAUAGGUAUGCAUAUGACCGAGGGAUUUCUUGCUUUUAAGCAGGGUUGAUGACUAUACUUCGCUAUCACAGAUGACCAAAAAAGUCCAUUUAUUUUUAGGCUAAGCCAGCCCAAAACCUGUUUCUUGCUUGGGUGGUGCAGACAUAGGAUUCCAGCCCAACUCUCACACUUUGAACCGACCCUUUUUUACUGAUAUUCCAUUUAAUGUAUCCAUUAUAGAAUACAAGCUGCAGAAGCAAAGGACAGAGACAAAUUACGUCAAGAAAUAGUUCCUGGAAUACCUUACCCACAUACCUUCUAGGCUCACUAGUAGCAGAGCAUUUUUUAUGCCAGGCAUAGCGGGAGAGCCACCUUUGGCUAAUGAAAUGCAAGAGGCAUUGCUUCUAAUAUCUGCAUGAUUUCGAGAGUUUUAUGAAAAGCCAGGUCGCAUAGUCGCUAUUAGGGGGGAAAAAAAGACCUGCGGAUUGAUCCACACUGUAUUUUUGGGUAAAUACAAUCACGUGAGAACUGCGAGCCAAUAGGAAACUGGGAAAGACUGAAAAAAUAAUUACCUGCCCUGAUUGUUCUAUGAGAAGAUAAAAAGUACACAUGCAGUUCAUACAAUAAUCUUAUGAAUGUAAAAGAGGGGGGAACAUGUCGGCUUCUGGUCCCAUAAGCAACUAUUAUGUAGAUUCCUUGAUAAGUCAUGAAAAUGAAGAGCUCUUGGCUUCUAGGUUCCCCGCCACAGGCUCCCACCCGGCAGCCGCGAGACCUUCUGGAUUAGUACCGGACUGUGCCGAUUUUCCAUCCUGCAGUUUUGCCCCCAAACCGGCCGUUUUUACUACUUCCUGGGCGCCCGUGCAUUCUCAGUCUUCCGUGGUUUACCAUCCGUAUACCCACCAGCCUCACAUUGGGGCUGACACCAGGUAUAUGCGCACUUGGUUGGAACCCGUGUCUUUCCCUGGCUUCCCACCCAGCACCAGACAUUACGGGCUGAAGCCGGACGCCUUCCCCGGCCGGAGGGCGGAAUGCGGCCCGGUGGACGGUCGUAGUUAUCCGGAUUACAUGUACGGAUCCCCGGGUGAUCUCAGAGACCGACCUCCGCAGACUAUUCCCUCUCCGGAAUCGGAGGCAGUGACUUCGAGCAAACACAAAGAAGAAAAGAACGAAUUAGACCCUAGCAAUCCCGUCGCAAAUUGGAUUCACGCACGGUCCACGAGGAAGAAAAGAUGUCCUUAUACAAAGUAUCAGACCCUGGAACUGGAAAAAGAGUUUUUAUUCAAUAUGUACCUCACACGAGACCGGAGGUACGAAGUAGCCAGAGUCCUUAAUCUCACUGAACGCCAAGUCAAAAUCUGGUUUCAGAACAGGAGAAUGAAAAUGAAGAAAAUGAAUAAAGAGAAAACCGAUAAAGAACAGCAAUAAAAGUUGGCAAAGUCAAAUCAAUGCAAGAGAAACGAGGGAAGGGGAGGGUGACAGGGAAAAAAAAGCUCUUUUUCUUUGGUUCGAAAUGUUUCUGACUUUGAAUGUGCUGAUCGGUGUUUAGAAUUAGUUAAACACAGCCAGGCGUUUGGAGCACCAUGCUUUUUUAAAAUGCAACUAAAAUAAAAUGAUUUUUGGGUCCUUUUCGCAAAUCAAAACAAAAAAAAAGAGAGAAAAGUACUUGAAUUUUUUUUAGUAUUUUAUUUCGUAAGUUAAACUUAUCCAGUGUUUUAUUUUUUUAAUUUCAUGACUUUGUGAGUGCAUAUUUUGUACAAAAGAAAAGAAGGAAGAAGGCUCAAAAAAUGUUCUGUCAUAGUGUUGGUCCGGUGUACUUAUUUGUGUAUUUUAUUCCUGUCUCAGAUCUGUUCUGUAAUAUUGUUAUGUUUCCUAUAGUACCACAGCUCUAUGUAAAUAUAUACUUAACGUUAAAAAAAAAGGAAAAAAAAACCCUCUUUUCACGCAGGUGUCUUUUAUUUCAACUCCAUUGGAGAAACAACAGCCAGAGUUUAGUUUGCCCAUGGUAUUCAACACUGUGUUCGGAUUCUUAAAGGAAACCCCCCUCCUUGCAUCAGUGAAUACAUCGCUGAUAAAAAUCACCAGUGAUAAAAAUCGAAGGCAACCGAGAUCCACCUUCUUACAGGAAGCCAACGAAGAUGCGUGGAAAGGAAAAACGUGCUUCCGCUCACAACAUUUUGUAUGUAGCAGGGCAAUCACAAAAUGCGUUUAGGUAAGGGUUAUACGUGCCAUAAAUUUUUAGGUUUGGAUAAUUAAUUGUAGUAAUUUAUGGCCCCGGGCAAUCGAAGUAUAUGUAAAAGAUUAAAUAUGUAUGCUGGAAAAGGGAGCUGGCGGCAACAUUCCUCUCACAUCUCCUCGAAGGCUGCUCUUCUGAGGUACCAAGACUUCCUCUGCUCCGUGCACCUCGGAGGACUGAAACGUUGCAAAGUCAUAUCGAAUCGAGCUGGGAGGAACUCUUGAAAAAGUCAGGAAAAAAGAAAACGGGGGUGGGGGCCAGCAGAGAAUUUGUUCGGUCUAAAUGCAAUAGAGUAUUAUUUUUUUCUCCCCCCCCCACUCCCUUUUUCUUCUGCCCAGCGGUCUAGAUUGGUUUGCUGUGGGAGGUAGAGUCCAAUUCGACCGGUCUCAAACGGGAAGCAAGAUUGUGUCGUUGGGGUGGCUCUUGGCCGUGUAAGUGACGCAGAGGUGGACAAGCGGCCCCCGCACAUUUUUAGCUUGCGGGAGACAUGGGUGGGCGCUCAGAGGCUGCUAAAGGAGGGACAAGG